AUGGAUGGAGAAGAAAAGAAACAGGCUCUUGCGUUGCUGAAGGAAAAGAUCAUGAAAGAGCAUGCAGCGUCUGCCUCAGGACCUCCAACACGCGCUCCUGAACCAUGGGAUUACUCGAAUCACCCCCUCUACCUCCAUCAUUUAGACCAACUGGGUGCUGUUCUCGUACCACAGGCCUUGAUGGAAGAUAAUUAUGAUGAAUGGAGUGGAUCUAUGAGCGCGGCUUUGACGAUCAAGAAUAAGAUCGAAUUUGUCAAUGGCUUUAGCACUCGACCAACUGAACAAAACGAUGAGCAACAACAAUGGGACCGUUGUGAUACGUUAGUCAAGACUUGGCUGACUGGUUCCAUGUCGAAGGAGAUUUCAAAAAGUGUCAAGCAUUGUAAGUCUGCAAGAGCUGUCUGGACUGAACUCAAGGAGAGGUUUGGGCAAACAAACAUGGUACAACUAUUUAAUCUCGAGAAUGCAAUCCUAUUAUGCUCACAAGGCAACGAUUCAGUAACCACCUUCUACACAAAACUUAAAAGCUUGUGGGAUGAACGAGAUGCAGUGUGUGGCAUUACAAUAUGUAAUUGUGAGGAUGGAGUGAAGUUGGGAGAGUAUGUCAAGAAUCAACAAACCAUGAAGUUUCUCAUGGGUCUUAACGACACUUUUGAUGCUUUGAAAAGCAAUAUUGUUUCGAUUUAUCCUCUUCCAAAUAUUAACAAGGCCUAUGCAAUGGCUUUCCGUCAAGAAAAACAAGUGCAAGCCUCUAGCAACACCAAGAUCACAGAUGCUGCUACCUUCUCGGUCCAAAAGAACCGUGAGUAUGAGAAAGGGCCUGCAAGGGCUGCAGACCGCGCCCCUGAACGAGUCCCUGGUCGCGGCAACACUAAGAGGCCUGCCAAUGCAAAACAGUGGUGUGAUAUCUGCAGCAAAGAUAACCACUCCACCAAGUUUUGUCGUGCUCAUCUAACUUGUGAGUACUGUAGUUGGACGGGACAUGAUCAGGAGCAUUGCCACACAAGGAAGAGGGAUGAAGAGGCAGCCAGUAAGAUCAGUAGGAGCAAUCAUUUAUCGAGUAGAUCCUAA